AUGGCGCUCCUGUCCGAUGUGGCGCUCGCGAUUCAGUUACAUGCUGAGCGAAAGGCAGAUGAUCCCGAGGUGACUAUCAUCCAUCGCCAAGGGGCUUCAAAUCGACGGAGAACAGCAUACGGGGAGCUCAGCAACCGGCAGGAAUGGCGAAGAGGGCGGUGGAUCAAAGACGGUGGCUUUGGCCAAGUCUGCCUCGAAGAAUGCAUCAGCGGCAGCGGCUCCAGCGUCGGCCGCGUUCGUGCUGUCAAGAAGUUGAUGAAGGCGAGGAGCGAGAACUACCAUCAUGAGCUCAAUGCCUUGGCCCUCUUCUCGCUCGGCAAGUACAGAGACAAUUUCGUGCAAUGUUUCGGGUGGUACGCAACCGAGCAGCACAUCUACCUGGCAAUGGAAUAUCUCCCGCAUGGCGAUUUACAGCAGUAUCUCGAUACGCAUCUGAUUGAGCGUGAAGCAAGGCUCGUCACAAUCCAGGUCCUGGAAGCGCUCGAGUACAUGCAUGAAAGACAUUUCACCCACCGAGAUCUGAAGCCUGGCAAUAUUCUGAUUUCUACCCCUGGACCUAACUGGUGGAUCAAGGUUGCCGACUUUGGCAUCAGCAAGCGCACGGAAGAAGGACUGACUUCAUUGCGCAAGGCCAUGGGCACUCAAGAGUUCGCAGCGCCCGAAGUGAUACUCUCCGACCACAAAUCGGCAUACACAAAUGCCGUCGACAUCUGGGGUACCGGCAUGGUUGCACUUCUAAUGCUGGUGGGCAUGCCAAACAUGAACUUCAAGAGCAUUCUGAGAUUUGCGGUUGGAAUGGACAAGAGCCUGCCGGAUCAGAAAUUGAUCACGCAGGAGGUGACCAGCGACGCCCGGGCUUUCCUUCAAGCUCUUCUCCGACGAGACGCCAGUGACAGACCUAGUGCUGUGGAGUGUCUUAAUCACAGUUGGCUG